AUGUCACUCCCAUUGCAUCCCAUCCCGCCUCUCCAGGCACCCGCAUCCCCCAACCUGUCACCAGUACAGGUCAAACACAAGGAGACCCCAAUCUUCCUCGAAGAACUGAGGCAGUCGCACAGCCUCCAGCGACCCCUCAAGCGAUCCCCCAGUCCUCCUUGGGGCCGCGGUUGGAAAGGCCUCCCAAGACCGAGCCCAGCGACACUCCACCGCAUUCUUGGACCGGCUCAUCGUCAGCGGUCACCGCCUCGCCUUCAGUCCCUGUCUUACGUAACCCCGCCCCCGGGCUUCCUCCGUCGCCUCCACCGCCGUCGCCGCCGCGAGGCUGCACAAGCACUCGUUCCACGAGAAUCGCCUUCGGCCGCGGGCAGUCCUCCGUCCCCCUCGUCGCCGGUAAUGUCAUCGCCAGCGCCCCCUCCUAACAAGGAGAUGCUGAAGCUUCUCCUUCCUCUCCGAUAUGACGGCAAAACAGUUGUCGAGUGCAACCGCUUCGUCUCCCAGUUGCUCAUCUACUGGGCAGUCAAUACGACCCUCUUCACUGUCGAGUUGAAGGUCCAAGUUGCCCUCAGCCUCCUCGAUGGUGACACACAAGCCUGGGCCACUCCCAUCUUCGCCCAGCUCGCCGCUGUCCAGAUUGGGACUCAGGAAGCCACGACUCCGUUCACUGACGAAGCAGCCUUUCUCACGGCAUUCAAGGCCCGCUUCGGGAAUCUCGACGCCGCCGCCGCGGCACAGGUGGAGCUCACCAAGCUCUGCGCUGACAAAACUGUGUGCGAAAAGCGCACCGCCGCGGAAUUUUCCGCGCUGUUCAAGGGUCCGGCGGACCGUUCCGGGUAUGGGGACCUGGAGCUACGUGACAAGUACCUGAGCGGCAUCCCUUCCCAUGUCUAUCGAAAGAUUGAGCUCGAGACCUUUGCCACGUGGCAAGCCGCUGACAAGCGCGCCACCAAGGUCGAGCAAAUCCUCGACCAAGGGUACCGACAUUUUGAGUGCCCCAAUUGUAAGGACAAGCCUUACACAAAACACGCCGAUGCGCGGGCUACGGUUGCCUCGGGAUCCACCCAGGCUGCGACAAGUGCCCCCGUCAUGACAUCACCCUCGGCAAGUAUAAGUGCCGCUUCAGCGAAAUCCAAGCAAUCGGAGCUGGCGGACUUAAUGGCACAGGUGAAGUCGAUGCGUGAGGAGCUCGAGCAUUAUUGGGCGAUGAAGGAGGAGGGUUUUUGA